UUUGUUCAUCCAUCAAAAACAAUAACAAACUAGACUCAGAACUCGAAUAGACCUCGACACAAGCAUACACACGAAAAUUAAAAAUCACACCAAGAAUUGUGGAAUAAGCAAUUACAGAAGUUAUAUUAAGCCAAGUGCUUAGCCGGAUUGGUACCCUGUUAAAUACUUACAGAAAAUAUUCAAUAAUACUCAGAAAACCCUAAGCAUUUCAGAGUUAAAUGAAGCUGGAUACGUAGAGUUCACAAGUUAAAAUGGAUACAACCGCCGAACGCCAGGUUAGACUAGAGGGAGUUGAGCGGGUUCUCAAGAUGUCGCAGGAGCGCAUUAAGAUCGCUAUGAUCAUUCCCAAGUUAUUGGAGCAUCCUGAAAAGCUAAAGAGCGUUCUGACGGGCACCUGCUAUGAGGAGGUUCUGGAACCCAUCGAUAGUAUGAUUCGUCAUCUCGGAAAGCAGACUGGACGUUCGAAGCUGCCACACGAUCACAACACCAUGCGUAUUGUGGAUUUCUUCCUGGUCAACCAUAGCAUCCAUCGGUUUUUCCCGCACCUGAAGCACAGCCUUAACGACAGGGAUCAACAGUUGCUGGCCGCCUUUCACUUUCUCCUCGAAAGCGCUCACGUCCAUCUGCACCGAUCGUCGCGGAGCGAGAUCACCAAGGAGCGAAAGCUCCAUGCCAUCUUCCACCAGAACGUGGACAUCCAGAAGAAGAUCAAGGAGCUGAAGGCCAGCCUGGCCUUUCAGAAGGUAAUUGGCAAGUGGAAGACGGCCGCCAAGGGAAUCUAUCUGAUGAAGGUCGAGGAGGAUCUGGCCAAUAAGAAGUGGCAAAACAACGUGGCCAUUCAAAACGAAAUUGAAAAGUGUAAUCGCACCAUGCGUAGUUAUCACAAGGGCAGCAUGGACAGACAAAAAGAGCUGGAGGAAGAGCUGAGCCAGGCACAGGAAACCUACGAAAAGAUGACUAAGAAGAAUCUGGACGAAGAACAUGAGUUGCGCAGCGAGAAAAACAAACUGCUACUGCAACUACAGAGUAUGCUUAAAAAGUACGAUACAAGUGUGGGCGAAAAGAUGCGGGAGAAUCUGGUGGCGCAGGAUCAGUUCCUGGAGGCCAAGAAGAUCCUCGACGACUUUAUGGUCGUGUUCAAGCAGGAGGAGCGAGUCUACAGGAAUAUUGUGGUGAAGCGCGAGGAGGAGGAGCGACGCAUUCAGCAGCAGAAGCUAGUGGUCUUCAUGAUGAACCGCGCUGCGGCCAAGAUCCAGAAGUAUUGGCGCAAAUGGAAAAAGGAGCAGCGCAAGAAGAAGCGCCAGGGAAAGGGCAAGGGCAAGAAGUCGAAAUAGAAGGACAUCUGGAGCUUUAACUAUCAUUUCUACAUUGUACAAUUUAUAUGUAGAAGUGCAAAUAUACUGGCAACUACUAAAGUGUGCAUUCAAUGUCCCUUUUUUGCCAGAACACCUCUCA